UUGGAGGAAAAAGAAGGAAAUGACGACACUCAAAUCGAAAAUGACGAUGAAAAAGCCAACAAAAAAGACGAAGAUUCGGGAAGUGAAAAAUCGGGAGGAGAAGAUGGCGAAAAUCAAUUAUCUGAUGAUGAUUAUCAGGAAGAAGACAAUGAUUAUAUCUCAAAUUAUUUCGAUAAUGGAGAAGGUUAUGGUGAUGCUGGAAGUGAUGAUAAUAUGGAUGGAGAUGAAUAUUAG